UAUUGGUACCACUACCUGCAAAACCAAUGCCUCAAAAGAAGAGACCCAGCAAGGCUGUGACAAGUGCUCGAGUUCUAUCUGGAGAUGAAAUACUUGAAAUAUUAAAGGAACGUGAAGAUGCAGAAGUGAAAAGACUGGAGGAGAAGAAGCAGAGAGAAGAAGAUAGGGAGAUGAAGCGGAAACAGAAGAUAGCUGAAGAUGAGCUGAAAGCAGCAAAGAAACAGAAAAGAGAGACAGAGAAAAAUGAAAGGGAGCAAGAGAAGUUAAGAGAAAGAGAGAGGAAGGAGAAAUUUGGAAAGUUAGCUGAUAGGAAGUAUACGUGUGGUGUGUGUGGUGUUAGAGGAAGAGUGUUUGAUGAGCAAAAUGGUGUUGAGUGGUAUGGAUGUGAUAAUGAUUUGUGAGUUAAAACUGGUUGGUAUCAUUUCGAAUGUUUGAGUGAGAGCGAGAAGAAACUUCUAAGAGAGAGUUUGGAUGAAGAUGAUGUGCAGUGGUACUGCAAAGCAUGCUUCCCACGUUUCUAUGAGGAAGAAUGAUAAACACAAUAUAUGAAAAACUGAGAACAAAAUAAUAAACUUUAUUUCACUUGUUUAAUAUAAAACGGCAAGUUUAUGCUUAAAGUAUGUUGGAUAUUUUUAUUCAUGUUCUGUUACAAAUUGAAUUUUUUUCUUUUUAUAUGUGUUGCAGAUAACAUUUAUGCAGAAAGAAUUUAUUUAGAUAGAUAUUUCGUACUUGUAAAUUAAUGUGUUAUUCAUGAAUACAAUAAAGUUACACUCAGGGUACUAACAUACAAAAUACGGCCGUGGAAAGUAGUUAGUCUUGUUUCAAUGAACAUGAGUGAAAAUGAAUAACAAGUAUUCUUUUUCUUAUGCAUACAUGUAUCCGUAUUUAAAUUUUCUCAUCUCACAUUAUAAAAGUAAUGAAAUACUAAAUCAUUUCCAAAUAAUAAACAUAUUUUUCUGAAUGUGACCCGGAAUUGUCGACGACCCGGAACUGUCGAGUUCACUGUAAUACGUAAUGAUAUUGUCGGCGAAAAAUCACUGCAUAUGUAAUAUUUAAUCUCAUCAGAAUUUCUGAA